UUUAAGAUCUAGUCAGUUAACAUUGACAAACGGAAACUUGCAUUUACAAUGAAAAUAACGCUCGCAAUCUUAGCCUGUGUGGCUAUGGUUGGCCUUCAUGCAGCUAGUAUUCCAAAGGAAUCAUCCUAUGUUGUGGACAAGGCUUACUUGGAGAAACAAAAGUUCUUAUUCGAGAUCCUGUACCGUGUUGAAGAUCCUCUUCAAUUUGAAGAAUAUAUCAAACUUGGAGGAAAGUUGAUCAAUGAUGAGUCAAAAUACCAGAAAUACGACAAAUCUAUGAUCCAAUUCUACGAUGCCUACAAGGUUGGUGGUCUUCUUCCCAAGGGAGAAUACUUCAGUGCUGUACAAAAGUACCACGCUCUUCAGGCUUUAGGACUCUUCAACUACUUCUACUAUGCCAAGGACUACGAGACAUUGGUGCAAAACAUUGCUUGGGCUCGUUUGAAUGUUAACGAAGGCAUGUUUGUCUAUGCCUUGACUCUUGCCGUCAUCCAUCGCCCCGACAUGAAAGGUCUCAUCCUUCCAUCAAUCUUCGAAAUCUUCCCACAAAUGACCCUUAACGCCAAGUCCAUCUACCAGGCAGAGAAAUUCGACUCAGAUGUCUACAACAGACAAAUCAUGCUCGAGAAGGAAUUGAAAUCCAUCUAUGAUCAAGAUACAAACACUGACAACUGCCAACAGUUCUAUUUGAAAGACUGGAAGACAUGGCAAUGGUGGAAAUUGAUGGGCUUGGACGAACAAUUCUACGUUGAAGAAAAGACUUUCCUUCGAAACAACAUUGGAGAUUUAGUCAACGACACCAAGUACAAGGAAGUUUUGAAGGAUCUUCAAGCCUACUACCUGCCAGCUGAUUACACCCGUGACAUUGGAAUCUUCAACGAAGAAUCCAAAUUGAGCUACUUCACCGAAGAUAUUGGUUUGAAUGCCUACUGGUAUUACUUGAACAUGGAUUAUCCUGAUAUCUUGAGUGGCCAAGAGUACGGCUUGAACAAGGAUCGUCGUGGAGAGCUGUGGAUCUACAAUGUUCAACAACUUUUAGCUCGUUACUACAUGGAACGUCUUUCAAACGGUUUGGGAGAAAUUGAUGAACUUUCGUUGUACGGUUUGGUCAAGACCGGCUAUGACCCACAAUUGAUUGCUUACAAUGGUAAUGGAUUCACAUACAGAAAGAACUACUACGAAUUGGAAUCAUACCAAAACUUGGACCUGGCUAACCGUUUGAUGGGAGUUUACAGAAGAAUCAUGGACAUUAUUGACACUGGCAAAUAUGUGACUAGCAAUGGAGUUGAAAUUGAUCUUACUAAGCCUGAAUCGAUCGAUUACAUUGGCAGUAUGAUGCAAGGCAAUGUUGAUAUCAUGGACAAGAAUUUCUUCGGACACUGGUACGCUCUUGCUAACGUCUAUCUCAGUGGUGGUCAAUAUGAAGCAUUCACUGUACAACCUCAUGCUCUUCAGAACUAUGAAACCAUGCUUCGUGAUCCAAUCUCUUAUCUUCUCUUCAAGAAAAUUGUUGAUGUUUACUAUAAAUUCAAGUACCAAUUGCCAUCAUACAAACGUGAAGAACUCAUUGUUCCCGGUGUUAAGAUUCAAGAUGUCCAAGUGAGUGAAUUGAAGACCUACUACGAUUUGGUCGAUCUUGAUAUUACCAAUUUGUUGAACGAAAAGAUGGUCUUUAUCGAUGGUAAAUUUGUAUGGGACAAGACUUUGUUGGCUCGUCAAAUGCGUUUGAACCAUAUUCCAUACAACUACAACAUCAAGGUUCAAUCGGAACAACCACAAAAGGUUGUAGUUCGUACGUACAUUGCUCCUGAAUUCGAUCAAUAUGGUCAGAAGAUUGAUCUUUUGAGUCAUCGUGAAAACUUGUUGGAAAUUGAUAUUUUCACUUAUGACAUUCCUGCUGGAGAGAAUAUCAUUCAACGCAACUCGAAGGACAUUUACUACAAUACCAAUGAUCAGACAACUUACACCGAAUUGUACAAAUACGUGAUGUUGGCUUAUGAAGGUAAACAAGAAUUCCCAUAUGGAAUUAGUGAAGCUCACUGUGGAUAUCCAGCUAGAUUAGCUUUGCCACGUGGUUGGGUUAAGGGUAUGCCAAUGAGUUUGUUCAUUGUUAUCAGUCAAUACAAUGGCAAUGAGGAACAAGUUCUUUCAUAUGAUUACACCACAUGUGGCAUUGGAUCAGGAGCUCGUUAUGUAGAUAACCGUCCGUUGGGAUAUCCUUUCGAUAGGAAGAUUGAUAAUAUUCAAGAAUUCUAUGUGCCAAAUAUGUACCAGAAAACUGUUAAGAUUUAUCAUGAGGAUAAACUUGAUAAGUACUAUCCAAAGAAGUAUGAUAACUAUGGUAAAUUUGACUACAACUAUUAAGGAUCUUCUCCCGCUGAUGCUGACCAUUACUACGAUUAAACGCAAAUGACGACAACGGAAAAAAUGUGAUACGAUAAUUUUGUAUGGGUUCUUCUUUCAAUCAAAAUUUUAAUGAAAAAUUCUUGAGUCCAGAUAAAAUCUCAAAUGUGUCUUUAAAGAAAAGGUUUUUCAUUGAAAUUUGAUUUAAGAAGGACUAUAGAAUAGCUUUAAACAGAAUAAAAGACUUUUUGCUUACCUUUUAAA